CCUCUUGGACAAGUUGGUGUCUGUGAGAAUAUACAGCUCACUUGUGGGUUCUCUAUUGGACAAUUGAGCUCUUCUGCUGUUAUGAGAAUUACUGCAGUCUUAGUACGUAAUAACUAUUGUAUGAAGUAAGAUGGCGUAUGAUAUGCAGCCGCGAGAGAUAACAAAGAUAAGAAAUGUGUGACUCUUAAUCAUAUGGUAACCGAACUUGUACUGCUGUCUGCUGUUAACGGUUAUUGGCUGCUGUCUGCUGUUAACGGUUAUUGGCUGCUGUCUGCUGUUAACGGUUAUUGGCUGCUGUCUCCUGUUAACGGAGGGAGAAGACCCAGUGUUCAUCUUCAUCAGACCCGGAGAGCUGAGCCACGUGUUGGCCCCAACUGACGGUCACACUCAGCAGUUGUUGGCCCCACUGACGGUCACAACCAGCAGUUGUUGGCCCCACUGACGGUCACAACCAGCAGUUGUUGGCCCCACUGACGGUCACAACCAGCAGUUGUUGGCCUCACUGACGGUCACACUCAGCAGUUGUUGGCCUCACUGACGGUCACACUCAGCAGUUGUUGGCCCCACUGACGGUCACACUCAGCAGUUGUUGGCCCCACUGACGGUCACACCAACACUGAUAACGAUGGACAACCCAGAGCAAUGUCAAGUUUGUUUUGAAAACUUUGAUAAAGAUCUUCGACGGCCUCGCAGUCUGUCGUGUGGCCACAUCUUUUGCUCCCAAUGCCUUGGGGACAUGGUGAAGAACCUUCCGCUCACCUGUCCGAAAUGCCGGUCAGUGAACAGAGCUACGACUAUUGCUGAAUUACCAAUUAGUCAUACUACAGAGACCUUCGUAAAAAGGGUCAAAGACCUCCAGAUCAAGCCAGCUGCAACAUCAACAAAGCCUCACCAAGUCCGACCCAAAACGACCAACAAGGAGUUGUGGUCCACUUCGCCAGAACACAAGUGCAGGAUCAGCAGCCUCAUCAAUGACUGUGAAGAGAAACUGUCACAACUGGUCAAGUAUGGGGAGACGUUGAAAGACUGGACUACUGAACACCUCCAGCUCCAAGAUAGACUUAAGGAGCAGAACCAGGCAGCAAUAGACCUUCUGAAACAGGAGACAACCAUUGUGGUGGACAUGACGACAGAAGGAGAGGAUGGAAAGCGUCAGCUGGAGGCCAUGCUGGGCAGCCUCGACACAGUCAACAGUGAACAGAGCUCCACAAAGAUCGACGACGUUAAUCACUGCAGUAUGGAUACAGAAGUCUGGAUCCAGAAGUGCCAGAAAGUGUUCCCUGACGCCAGCACCGUGCACACAUCUGUGAAGGUGAAGAACACCAUCAGCGAGGCCCUGGAGAGGAUGACCACAGUACCUGGUGCCACAGCCGUCCCAUACUGGGAAGACUCAACCCUCACCAUCAUGGAGAAAGUUGAAAAAAUUAGUAGUGAAGGGGCCACGUUGGAUGAGGACAACUUCAGUGUUAAGGAUCUCGGUCGUCCGGGCAUCAGGAGGGUGGUGGAGGCUGGCCGGGUGUCGGCUGUUCUGGAAGACCAAGUUGGCCGCCGCUACUGCAAGAUAACUCGACGAGAUGGACGGCUGUACCUGCACACACUCCGGCCCACACCUGCCCACACUCCCCUGCCCACGCCCACCUACACCAUAAAGCACAGCACCGUAAUGGACGCCCUCGACUCCUCCUCCACCCUCGUAUUUCUUGACCUGGGAUGGAAGGGGUCAACAAAGGGGCGGGUCCACAUCCGGCUGCGCCCUGACACGCCCCUUGGAAGACAAUUCACCUUGUUGUGUACAGGCCAGAAUGGACACACCUUCGCCGGUACUAACAUGCUAGUCGUAGGGUUUAAAGGCAAGUCUCAGGAGUUUGUGGCGGGUGGAGACUAUGAGUUUAAUGAUGGGAGGGGAGGAGUCUCACUACUGCCUGACCUCCAGGAUGAGUACCAGGUGUCAGACAGGGCGGGGGCUGUGGGGUCACGGUGGGGGCCGGGGAGAAGAGAUCGUGGAGCACAGUUCGUCAUCACCACCAGGGACAGGAGUGAUGGUGAGAAGUACAGCAGUAUCUUUGGGCAGGUGACGAGCGGACUGGAGGUGUUGACAGCAGCAGUCAACCAUACGGAUAUCUGUGAGGUGAUUGUGGUAGACUGUGGUGUUGUCUUGACUAUAUCAUCACCAUGAGUCACCAUCACCAUGUGUCACCAUCACUGUCACCAUCACCCUGUGUCACCAUCACCAUGUGUCAC